AACGGUCGUUUCACGUCAAAUGUGUUUAUGCCCCAUUUCACACACUUUUGUGAAAGUCACGCACAUUUAGUUCGUAGUUUAAGAACGAACUUCAGCAUCUUACAAAGUUAAAGUCUUUCAAGAGUUGUUUUACAUAAAAUAUACACGCAAAACUGUGGAAGUCUAAGAAAUUCAGUCAGAUAUGGAAUUUCAUUCAUCUAAUCGUGGGGAUAUGCUGCAGGUAAAUAUGGAAAUGAUUUCCAAGGAGUUGAGUGAUCUCAUGCUUAAUUGCGACGAGCCUGGGUCAAUGAAUGGAAACCAAGCUCAUAUUUCUGCGAGUAUUUCAAAUGCUGAGAGUGUUGGUGGACGGCUCCACCAGGGAAACAUGGAUGGAGCACUUUUUAUUUCUCCCAAUAUCUAUCAACAGCAGAACUUUGCUAUAGGGCCAAAUGGCCAAGCUCUCUCUAUUCCAAUACCAAAUGGUCACUUUGUUCCGUUCAAUAUACAGUAUAACCUAGCUCCUACAUUGCAUGGUUGUCCUGAAGGCGUGGGUCACACAUUUCACAAACUUUCACCUCAUAAUGCUCAUAAUGAGGCUGCAAGCUGUGACCGGAAGUUCAGGCCUCUCAAUAGCAAGCAGCUCAACAUGACCUCACAAAAUUUUGAACUACAAUAUAUCAGUCGCCCUAUUGAUGUAGAAAAACUGCAGCGGCCUUUGUUAUCCACAAUGGCAAACAGAAGCGAACUUGGGGAACGCUACACUGAAGGUCGUUUCUCAAGAAAGUAUUCCAGACCCUUUCUCAGAGACAAUCCCAAACCUCAAAUUCGAACAUAUGAUUACAGCAAAAUUGUAGUGGAUCUUUCAGCUUUGGGCAUUUCCACAGAUGGCAAAGAAUCAAACGCAGUUUUGCGACUAUUUUCCCUCUUCCGGGACAUACAUAGUAGCGUAGCUAUGCUUACUCCGACUGGCGAGAAUUUCUCUUACAGCGUUUAUGAACCCACUUUUGCCCCAUCACCUAAGGCGAUUCUACCAAAUACCAUGAACGUUCAGAGCCAAGUGAAACAUUCGUGUAAUCUUGUCAUGGCUUUCAUAGGAAUAAUGCAGCAGCUGAUCGACCAAAACAGUGUAUAUGAUCAAAAUAUUGCCAUCGAAUGCCAAGGCCACUUGUUCAAAUUGCGUCAAAUAUUUGCCCAAUUCGAAAUGUAUAAAUUUGUGGGUUUGGAACACAAGCGUGGUCUAUUUAUAAGUGACGCUGCCUGUGCUAAAGCUCAACAUUUGGAAAAACUAAUGGAACAAAUGAAUGCACAAAUACGAGACGUACAUUUACGCAUAAUGGCAGCCGACUGGUACAUUGGCAAAAUGUAUUUUGGUGAAAAAAGGCAAAAUAUCAUCGAUAGUCAUAUGGAUGACAUGGAAUAUCUAAAACGCUCACAAAUAGGAGUCAUUAAUGAAAUACUACAGCUGUGCGAAAGCAACCAAGCUACUGAGGCACCAGCAGAUGCUAAGAAAUCGACUGCUGCUGUGCAGGCACCAGAACAAGCAUCGAUGUCAAAAAUGAAUUACAUGAAGACUCUUGAUAAUGAGGCAUUUUCCACAGCUACUAAUGUGGGUGUUGUUGCCAUUAAGGAUUGUAACGCAAACAUUAUAAACACUUGCAACGGACAUGUGCGUCAGCCUGUAUUUUAUAUCGGCUAAAUGUUGUGAUAAAUUUUUUUUUAAAAAUAUAUUUUCUAUACUUUACCACUCUUUAUUUAUACAUAUGUUAAUUGUUUACGACACUUAUUAUAUGUACAAAAAUUAUUUUUUAAAAUUUUUAUUGUUAAUUUUUAACAAAAAGUUUUGAUUAUUUUUAAUUUGU